CGGGGCCUCGGCAGCGCCCCUCGCGCCCCGCGAGCCCGCACCCCAGAGACGGGAAACGCCGCAGCCAGCGACCCGCGGUCGCCCUUGGCUCGGGGCCGGCCCAACCAGGACCCCGGGAGCGCCCCGGACGGGCCUCGCCAGUCACAGUCCAGCGCCCCCGCCAGCCAGCACAGAGCCUGCUCUCAGUGAAAGGCCACUGCUAUCCUUGGGCAUCCCCCACUAUGCCUGACUGCUCCCCGUGCCUCCUGGAACAGCCAGGGUCCUUAUGAAGUGGUGACCACUCCAGUCAGCAGGGGCGGAAAAUGGUACCAGUCAAGCCCAAGGUGGAGGAGGAGCAGCCCGAAGUCGCUGCCGCGAGAUGGAGGAGCCCACACCCGAGCCCGUCUAUGUCGAUGUGGACAAAGGGCUGACCUUGGCCUGCUUUGUCUUCCUCUGCCUCUUCCUUGUGGUGAUGAUCAUCCGCUGUGCCAAGGUCAUCAUGGACCCUUACAGUGCCAUCCCCACAUCCACCUGGGAGGAGCAGCACCUGGACGACUGAGGCUAGGCGGGCACCAGACCUGGCACUCUCUGGUGGCAGUGCCCCAGGAUGCACCUCUGUGUCCCCUGCCCGCCUGCCAUCCCACAGAGGAAGGAAUGAAUCUGACCACCCAGGGCAGGAGAAGGUGCAGCUUAGUUAGCCUUGCUGACCCUCCCUGGAGCACCAGCAUGGAAUGCCUGGGUACCAUGGGGUUGCAACCAUGGAGCAGCCAGGGGAUAAGAGCCCUGGACCAGGACCCAGGAGGCUGGGGUUCCAGUGGGGGGAGUCACUUUGAGAUGAUGGGGUAGUCACUGGCCCAGGCUCCUCGGCACCUUUGGGAACUGGAUUCAGAACAGACGCCCCACCCCCAGGCCCAUCACACAACAAUGGUCUCAUCUUGAGGAGACUCUCUGUUCUUAAAAUGCAAAGUAGCAUAUGGAGGCUCCCAGCCAAGAGGUCCCAGGUGAACCCCAGCCCCUCCCCGUGGACUAGCAGUGCAGUGGCAAUGAGGGGAAAAGCAGGUUGAGGGAGUCUCACCUGAAAACUCACAAAAGGCACAGGAUAUGGGCUGCUUCCAAGCAGCAUUUUUUUUAAACUAUAGAGGGAUAUAUUUUUCCUGUUAUAAAUAAAAUGUGCAUUUUAGAAACUUGGAAAAAUGCAGAUAAAUAGGAAGAAAGAGGGGAAAUCACAUUUAUAAUCCCACCUCCCAGAAACCACCAUUUUGAUAUAUUUUCUUCCAGCCUUUUUACUGGUAUUUUUUAGUCAAAUUCAUACUCUAUGCAUGACAUUUUGUCACCUCAUAUGAUAGCAUGAAUACGUCCCCAUUACAUCAAACACCCUUCUUAGCUGCCAGUCCUAGUGACUGAAGGGUAGCCCAUCAGUUGGGUAAGUCAUGGUCAAAUGAUCAUCUUCCUUGGCUGGACACUGAAUUUUUUUCGCUAAGUUUUCUUCACACAAAAUUAUUGCACCCAGUAAUCUUUUUGAGGGUGCACAGUCCAUAAGAUGAUACUGAAUGGGGAGACCUGGUUCUAGUCCUACAUUUACCAGUCAGGUUACUACGUGAACUUGAGCAAGUCACUUCACCUCUCAGUGCCUCCAUUUCCUCAUUGUAAGAUAGGAAGAGCCUUGUCAUCUUUAAAGUUUUAUUUUUUGCAUAUACCUCAUGUGAACAAAAGGACAGAAAUGAGAGUGAAUGUGCCAUAAAUGUGCCAUAGUGGGAGGUUGGGGGACAAAGAAGAAGUUGAUGAUGAUGACUCUUCUCAAGCCCUCCCUCCUCCCACCUCUUUCUGCCCUCUCCCCCACUCCCAGUCCAUCACCUACAUCUGUGACCUUGCAGCAAGAUUAUUGGAGUGGAGCCUACAAAGGUCCCGAGUCCCAGUUCCUCUACUUCCUUGUUAUGGGACCCCCAAAUAACUCACUCAGCCUCUCUGAGCCCCAAUUUCCUCAUCUGUAAAGUGAGGGAAUAACAUCUACCUCACAAGGUUGUUGUGAGGAUGAAAUGAGAGAACAUAGGCAAACAUGAGUGUUCUCAAAUUCACCACCCCAGGAGAAGUCAGGGUUCUGAGCUGGGAGGAGCAGAGGUUUCAGGUGCCCCCUGCCCCUAUAGAGCCUGCAACCCUCAGCUUUCCUCAGUUUCUGAGGGAUGCUUCCUACAGGCCAAAUCUCCCAGCCAGAAUCAUGUGGUCAGAGGAAUACUCACAGCUGCCUUCCCCAGCACCUGACUUUAAGGGAUGAGGUGUCUGCUAAUUUACGUAAUUGUCAUUGUCAUCAGUUUUCCCAUAACAUGAUAUGAAGUUAAACUGGAGCACCUGUGCUCCUGUUCCUCUGAGUGCAUUUAUUUUAUCCCUCCAAGGUGUGGCCUUCCAUCCCCAUCCAAGAGACCUGCAGCUGUGAAGAAGCUCAAGCCAUCUUUCUCACCAUCUGCAUCCCAGCCAUUAGUCCCCAGCACAGCCCAGGCUACCCCGAAAAUGGGUUUCCAAAGCACUGUCACUACUAGCAGACCCCUGAAUGUGGACAAGGCCACAGCUGUUCAGGCUGCAUUUCAGGGGACAUCCAGUUGUUAUCCUUCUCCCACCCCCACCCCUACUAUUGUGAGAUGCACAAAGGGACAGCUGGCAAAGGCAGUGAACCGAGAUGCAGGCCCCAUAGAAGGGGGAGGAGUCAAAGCAAAACUCUUGUGCAUUGCCUGGGGUUCAGCUGCAGCAGCCCCCACUCUGAAGCCUACUUUUGAAGUGCCAGGCACUUCUGUGAAAAGCUCAUCAGCAUGCAUUUACAACGUAAACUAGAACCAAGUCCCAGUCAGCUACUAACAGACCUCAGGAAAAAGAAAAGAUCUUGCAGACAUCCUCUGGGCACACUUUAGAACCCUCAGCAGUAAAAAAGAGGGUGUUCCGGGGCAGUGCUACUCAAACCAUGGUUGAAGGACAAACACUCUGCAAUACUUGAGGAGCUUGUUAGAAAUCCAAACCCACAGCCCCCUCCAGGCCUAUGUAUAGAAUGUACAUUAACAAGAUUCCCUCGGUGGUUUAUAUGCACAUUAAAGAUUAAUAAGCACUGCCUGAGAAUUCCUUGCUCCUAAUCUUUUCCACACUCAGAUUUGCUAAUAGUUUUCACCUUAUCUCUUGAUUCAUUUGAUGGCAACAGAAAUAGUAACAUUUCAGGAAAGGUGGGAAAUAUAAAAAGCACUCCCAACCCAAGCCUCCAAAAAAUAGCAAUUUUCAUUUUGUAUCCAUAUAUUCCCUUCUAAUCAGUCCUCAUGCAAGAUUUUUUUCAUAAAGUCCACCUGUUAGAUAACUUUGUAUCAUACUUUCUCCAAACGUUACAUCACCAGUAUACUUUCCUGUGGCUGCUACAUCAUUCACACUUGUCACCUUAAUGGUCACAAAACAUGACAUCUAGUGUACAUAUACAGUUAUGUAGACUCCUAUUAUUAAAUACUUGGAUUUCUUUCAUUUUCCCUGUUGAACAUAUUCCAACCAGAAAGGAAAGAUCAAGAUAGAUAUGAUAACCCUGGAGCUUGCUUAGGACAGGGGAGAAUAGAUAUUUACAGUACACUCCCUCUAUCUAAGAGACACAUGGAGCACAUGGGGGAGGGAGACCGUCUAAGAACGGUACCAUAUUAAGGAGAAAAAAGCAACUGGAAUCUCAUGCUUCAGUUGUUGGAAUGGGAGGCCCAUGAAGUUGGCCACAACCCAGGACUUAAAGAGAACACAGUCUGGAGAGAAACUCUCCAAAGCAGAGAAUGGGUGGUGGGUUUUCCAGGUGGUGCUGCCUAGUGGCCAGUUUUAAGUUGUUGCUUUUACUGUGCUCAGCUACACUCCCUUCAUGUCACCCCAAACCCUCUCUAAAGUCUGAUAUAUGAUCCACUCUGCAGCAGUGGUAUUUGGGACAAUGAAGGCACCUCGGUGGCAGGUCAUUUGGGGAAAUACAAUCUGGGAGGGGCCAGCAGUCCCAGAGACAAGUGAGGUAGCAGAAAUAUGCAGAACCAGGAGUUCGAAACGAUGGUCCUUAGAAGAAAUAUGGCCCCUAAGGAUGCUCAAAGAGGUGGAUAUGUAUAGUGGGACCCUAGCUGUUCCAUCCUGGCAUAUCAUUCCCAUCAUAGCUAUUUCAUUUUUUCCAAUUAGUUGUUUGAAUGUCUACAUGUACUUAUCCAGUUGAAAGACCACUGUCUCCCUGUCUCAUUAGAUUUUCAGAACUUCAGAGGCUAAAUCAAACUUCAGCCCCAAAAGGGGCUGGUCCUGCUUUCAAACACCAAGUGAAGAGAACUGCAAAGCUUAGUGUGUCCACUAGUGUGGUUUCCCAGCCCUAGGUCUUGCCGUUAAUGACUGGUUCUGCCAUGCAUGAUCAAUGCCCACCUGCAAUGCCCUGUUGCCCAGUCUGUGGAGAGGUGCCCCCACGGAGUUACCUGGGUCCACAUCCACGUACCCAACUAUUCUGGUCAAUCACAGAAUCCCACCCCCACCCCCACUAUUGUGCUUGAUGGUCAUCGGCAAAGACUCUCUCCCUUUAGGAGGGUUCUCCUUGGAACCUUUAGGGUCUUGGCAAGAAAGAGAUGGCACACACAAAGCACUGACUGAACAUAGUUUAAUGAAAGAAUAUUUACAGAGGUUAGGCAAGGGCACGGAAAACAACAGGGAACAGUAAAACACCCAGGGAUGGCCAGGCAAGGUAGCUCAUGUCUGUAAUCCUAGCACUGUGGGAAGCCAAGGCAGGCAGAUUGCGUGAGCCCAGGAGUUUGAAACCAGCCUGGGCAACAUAAGCAAGACACUGCUUAUCUACAAAAUAUUAAAACUGUUGAAAAAAAUUAGCUGGGUGUGGUGUUGCACGCCUAUAGUCCCAGCUACUCAGGAAUCUGAAGUGGGAGGAUCACUUGAGUCCACGAGAUUGAGGUUACCGUGAGCUAGAAUUACACUACAGCACUCCAGCCUGGGCGACAGAGAGAGACGCUGUCUCUAAAAAUGAAAAAAUGAAAACGAACUACCCAGGGACAGGCAGGCCACAAGCUAUUAACAUCUCAGCCUAAAGAGACAAGGAGAAGGAUCUAGAACCCAGGGAGUGCCAUAGCAAUGGAGAAGGAGUCAGCCAACGAAAGCCCUGGCCACAGGUACAGGGUCAAAACUCCUGCACAAACUGCAGCUCAGUAGGAAGAGAGCUGGGGGAAUAAACGCCUUGACCUCUCACCUCCUGUCCUCCAAUCUCCUGUCUGGGUCUUCCAUUGGCCAAAAAGAACAAAAGCUAAAGGGCAGGGGACCCCGGGUGAUACAGUCUAUACAUGCAGCACACUGGAGCAAAAGACAAAAAACCAGCACAAUUCCUCCUAUUACCACUUAGGAGGCAUUCACCAACUUUGCUUAGAUGGGAGAAAACUAUUUUGUCCCCAACACAAGGGAAACAUCAAGUCUCACCAGCUGCCAUAUUGUUUGGGGGGGGGUCACAGCAAUUUAGUCCCACUCCCACCUGCCACUUAAAUCAUAAUGUAGCCACUCCUGGGUACGUGGAACACUUCCUGUAAAGCACAACUGCUGGUGUCCCUUUCUGUGGCUGGUCAUUGGACCCAGAGUGGUAACUGUGGCCCUGUUCUCCCAGCAUUCAUUCCAUAGCCCCUCUACCUUCCGGCAGUCCCUUAGCUGUCAGAGAAUUUUAUCUGGUGGAAUGAUUCAAAUGUUCAUCCACAGAGGAUCCAAAUUCUUGGUUCCCUGUCUUUAUUGAGGUGCCACAGUAUCCACAGAUUCCUAAAGAACAUGAAGAGGUCUUGAAGAUCUCACCUGGAAGCACCGUAAAACUCAGAAAGAAUAUCAGGUGCUCUGAGGCAACACUGCUUCAACUGUAGUUUAAGGAUGGACAGCACUGGCAUCUCUGGGGAGCUUGAUAGAAAUCUAAUUUCAUGCCCCCACCUCAGGCUUACAGAAUGAGGACAAGACAUACAGGGAGUACCAAGUGCCCUAGUGAAUCCCUGGGUUCCAAAGCUAAUCCUCCUUGCCCCUAUUGUGUAGCAGAAACCUCACUUUCCCUUGAAUAUUGGGGUAAAUUAUCCUGACAGUAAAGUGAUCUCUUUCUCUGCCUACUGUUUCAGCAUAAGGGGCCCCAGAUGGCACAAGACCACCUUCCGAUUUAACAGACCCAUAACUAUAUUCCCAGGUGGAAGCAGUUCUUCUUGCUCACUAGAGAGUUCCAAAGCCACAAAACCUAAGGUUUCUUGGUUAAAUGCCAUGUAUGUGGGAUAUGCUGAGAUGAAUAUGCUACGAUUUGAAUGUGUCCCCCAAAGCUCCUAUGUUGGAAACUUGAUUCCCAAUGCAGCAGUGUUGAGAGGUGGGGCGCGAGGAGAGGUGAUUAGGCCAUGAGGGCGAAAUGAAUGGAUUAAUGCUGUUAUCUCAAGAGUGGGUUUGUUAUGAAAGGGGGUGUUUGGUCCCCUUUUCUCUCUUGCCCAUGCGAUGCCUUCCACCAUGUUUAUGCCAUGUUUAUGAUGCAGUGCAAAGGCCCUUACCAAAUGCUGGUUCCUUGAUCUUGGAUUUUGCAGUCUUCAUAAUCAUGAGCCAAAUAAAUUUCUACUCAUUAUAAAUUA